AUGAAGGGGAGGACCACGAACUGGUCCCGAGCCCGGCGAGCUGCCAAGAGGAUGCUGGAUCCAACAUACAGCCUCAAGAGCUUCUACGACGACUGCUUAGCAUCGUUUCCCGAGCUGCUGCUCUAUGGGGCAGACGACGGGGGCCUGGUCAGCAGUGGCCGAAGUUCCAUGGAGGAGUACCAGCGCACGAUGGGUGCACUCUUUGCGGUCUUCUGGUUCAUGCGGCGGAAGAUGGGUGGUGCCGAGUCGUUCUGCUUCGGAGUGGAUGAUGAGUGGGAGCCACUGAAUGCUCGGUCCAAGCAACCCCGACGCAAGAAGGAGGAGAUCGCGAAAAGGCAGACUUUCUUCAACGAGGUCGAGUGGGAGAGGAUAGACGAGCUCUUGCACGACGCAGGUCUUUUGUGCGAUGGUGUGCAAGGUCAUGACGAGGAGCGCGUCCUCGCAAUGCUAGUGUUGACAGCCAUCCACGACAUCAUGAAGCUCGUGCCGUUGUUGCCGACGGUGGCGCCGGACCAUGCGCCGUACCGCGGCUACAAGGUGGGUGAGACGAUUCAUGACCACGACAUUGCGCUCAGCUAUGUCUUGGACCAUUACUCAUAUGCCUUGCCCUCCUAUCACGAGCUGUCGAAGAAACAGCAGGACUCCAUCCGUUUCACCCAAUGCAAGAUGGAGUACAACAUGGGCUGGCUGGUUCAGGCCGAAGCUCCACCUGGAGCGUUGUUCACAAAGUUUAAAGAGUGCAUGGAGGAUGGCGGUGUUGAGCCAGCAGAUGUGGCUUUCUACUUCUGCCACUGGCUUACGGACUUGGCGGGAGCGGAGCCGUACCCGCAGGAAGGCUGCGAGAAGUUUGUUCUCAAAUUUCCACGAACGGUGCUGAGCUCCUUCAUCAAAUCUUUCAAGAUCGUGGGGGAGCUGGCAGUGAAGUCCGAGUCCCAGGUGCUCGAGGACUACCUCGUAUGGAGGUGGACUUCGCAUCAGCCCUCGUUGGGAGUCGUACCCGGAGACCGUGGUAGCAUCGCGGCAUUGAGGCUUGUGGUCAUGGCACAGGGGGAUAGCCAAGCCAUCCUCCGUGCUCUUACCACAGUCCCGCUGCAGGAUCGUGAUGUUCUGGAGGAUGAGCUGGCUCACACUGGCUGCAAGGAGCAGCUUUUCGAGCUGGAGAACUUUCCCGAAGGCACUGUGCCCAUGGGUCCUGCGAUCCUGAUAUACUACGCGCCGGCGCUCAUGCAGAAGGCUGGGAAGUCGGACCCCAGCUCUGCGAUGAGGAUACUGGCAGAGAUCUUCCGGCAAGCGCGGCAACUCUGGCCGAUGCUGCCCAGCUCUGCUGGGACCGUCGUCACCGUUCGCAUCGACGUUCUCAAGGAGCUUGAGGUGAAGCUGAUCACUGCCGCCACUCCGGGCGAGGUUUGGGCACUGGAGAAGACAAGCAGCCGAGAUGCGGAGGUCAAGAAGGUGAGCUUGGGCAGUGAGGCCCUCUCCCAGGCGUUCCUGGCAGGAAACAAGGUGCGCAUGCUCAACUUCACGAAAAUGCCUUACAACAACUCGAUUGGCAUGAAGGGCAUUCAGACGACCUGGCGCAAGAAGGAGAGCAAGUCACAGAACUUGGAUGCCGGAAGCUCAAGAUUUUAG